AUGGAGGGAUUCGGGAAAGACAUGAAGACCCUUCUUCCAGUUCUAUUGCUGACCAUCAUCUUGCACAUCAAGAAUGCUUCUUCGCUGGAAUGUUACUUCUGCAAUGACACAAGAUACCUUGGGUGUCCAAAGAUUAUUAAUUGUUCUAAAGAUGAGCAUUUCUGUACAAAAUUUACAGUCCAAUCUCUGCAAUGUUUCUCAUGCCAGGAGCCCACAACACCUGAGAAAUGCAUGACAGUGACCAACUGCACGCAAAAUCACACCAUGUGUAAAACAACAAUGCAUUCCCGUGAAGAAGUCUACCCUUUUGUGGGAGAAGCAACCGUCACGCGGUCUUGUUCUCUGAACUGCAACCUCUCCGAGGUGGAUGAAAUUGGCUCCACACGUCCAGUGACCUGUUGCAACACCAACCUCUGCAACCAUGAUGGGGCCUCUUGGCUAGAGACCAGCUACACCACGCUGGGGGGAAUGGUGGCUUCUUUCUUCCUCUUCCUCCAUUGA